CAGUCUCCCAGCGGCCCCGGCUUUCCAGGUAGGGACGCCCCCUGCCCGGCGCGCGGUUCCGGCGGUGGGAGGAGGGGCUGGGCUCCGAGCGCCGCCCCCCAUCUAUCACAUGGCCGGAGAGCCACAAAAACAACCGCUUUGGCCAAGACCGUGACUUCGGGGACCAGAGCGCGGGGCCCUGGCAGCCGGCCCCCUCCCAAUGGAGGACAGUUUUCUGGAAUCCUUCGGGAGGCUCAGCCUCCAGCAGCGGCAGCAGCCUCGGCCGCCGCCCCCGCGCGGGACAGCUCCGCGCCGCCACAGCUUCAGAAAACACCUCUACCUCCUGCGAGGCCUCCCGGGCUCGGGGAAGACCACGCUGGCCAGACAGUUGCAGCAUGACUUCCCCAGGGCUGUGAUUUUCAGCACGGAUGACUUCUUCUCCCGGGAUGAUGGCACCUAUGAGUUCAACCCUGACUUCCUGGAGGAAGCUCACAAAUGGAAUCAGAAAAGAGCAUGCCCGAGCGUGAUAACCGCCCUAGAUUCCAGGAAAAAGAGAAUUAGUGAUAACGCAAGAAAAGCAAUGAGGAAUGGCACAUCCCCCAUAAUUAUUGAUAAUACCAACCUGCACGCCUGGGAAAUGAAGCCCUAUGCCGUCAUGGCACUUGAGAAUAACUAUGAAGUUAUAUUCCGAGAACCUGCCACUCACUGGAAAUUCAACGUUCCCGAGUUAGCCAGAAGAAACAUUCAUGGAGUCCCAAGGGAGAAGAUACACCGCAUGAAGGAACAGUAUGAACACGGCGUCACCUUUCACAGUGUGCUUCAUGCAGAGAAACCGAGCCGAGCCACCAGAAGCCAGGACAGAAAUACCGUAGCGCCUUCCGAUGGCAUGGGGGACUGGCACGCCUUUGCAGAGUUUCCCGGCCGGAGGGCCCACGGUGGCUUUGCCAAUGGUGGCUUCUUCAGCAGGAGGGGUGGUUGCCACCAUGGAUAUUAG